GAGACAUUGGAAUGAUGUGCAAGAAAAUAUGCUCAAUCCCCCAAAUCUGCAAGUGGGAAAGCACACAUGCUUGAAUAAUGACAUACUGACUAGCUAGCUACUUACUGCAAGCGGGCUACACCGGUGAAAGCUGCCGGGGAUGAAAAAAAAUAGUCACCUUCAAAUUUACUACGUCACUCGCAUCUGCCUGACCUGCGUAUUGGAUAGGUAACUAGCUAGCCACUGUGCUUUUAGCAAUUCCUCCUCCUGCUAGCUAGUAUUAUUAAUAAUAAUAGUCCGUAGCAAACUAGCGAAUGUUUUAUGCAACGAAGUCGUUCGAAACCAAAUGACCAUGAGCAGUUGGGACAAUGUUGGUGAGGGUUCGAAGCAAACACCCCCGGUCUUCAGUGUCCCCUUGGAUUUUCAUCCAGUGAACUAAGACAGUUCACGUCAUGGGAAGGAUCAGCUUCUCAUGCCUCCCAGCCUCCUGGCAUUUCAGCCUGUCGCCCCUGGUUCUACCCCGGUUCCUGCUACCUUCAUUCAGGCAGCUGCUGCUCUUUGGUCUGCUGGUGGGACUGCUAGGACUGAUUUACCUGUUGCUGGUAACAGGAAAGGGCCAGGACAGCUGGAUCAGAAAGGACAACUAUUUCCACAGACACUUGGCGAGGGUCACAGAUGUGGAGGCCACAGACACCAGCAAUCCCAACCUAAACUACGGUCUGGUGGUGGACUGCGGCAGCAGUGGCUCCAGGGUGUUUGUGUACUGUUGGCCCCGGCACAAUGGCAAUCCCCAUGACCUGCUCGACAUCCAGCAGAUGAGAGAUCAGCACAGGAAACCAGUGGUCAUGAAGAUCAAACCAGGUAUCGCAGAGCUAGCAAAAACACCAGAGAAGGCCAGUGAUUACAUCCACCCCCUGCUGAGCUUCGCUGCCCAGCACGUUCCCAAACACAAGCACCAGGAGACCCCUCUGUACAUCCUGUGCACUGCUGGAAUGAGGGUGCUGCCUGACGGUCAACAGGAAGCGCUUCUUGAGGAUCUACGGACUGACAUCCCUGUCCGUUUCAACUUCCUCUUCUCUGAUUCCCAUGUGGAGGUCAUUUCUGGCAAGCAGGAAGGUGUGUAUGCAUGGAUUGGAAUCAACUUUGUCCUUGGAAAGUUUAAUCAUGUGGAUAGUGAGAGGGAUGCAGUAGUAGAGGUGCAGGUCCCUGGAGGUGACCAGCAGGAGGCGCUGGUGAGGAUGCAGACCACCGGUGUUCUGGACAUGGGCGGUGUCUCCACACAGAUAGCGUACGAAGUGCCCAAAACUGUAAGCUUUGCUUCUCCACAACAGGAGGAAGUGGCCAAAAAUUUGCUUGCGGAAUUCAACCUGGGUUGCGAUGCCCACCGGACAGAGCAUGUCUACCGGGUCUAUGUGUCCACCUUCCUGGGCUUUGGAGGCAAUGCUGCACGACAAAGAUACGAGGAGAGCAUUGUCAUGAACACUCUCACUAAAAACAAGCUCCUGGGUCAGCAUGUAGGUGAAACAGGAGAGUCCCCCCUCCUGGACCCAUGUCUACCUUCAGACCUGCAGGACGAGGUGGGGCCAGCAACACAGAAACUCCACCUGCGUGGCACAGGGGACUUUGAUCACUGCAGACAGCUUCUUCAGCCCUUCCUCAACCACACCAACGAGACUCACUCCUCCCUCAAUGGCAUCUACCAGCCUCCCAUUGACUACCCCAACAGCCAUUUCUAUGGGUUCUCUGAGUUCUACUACUGCACAGAGGAUGUGUUGCGCAUGGGCGGGGAUUUUAACUCCUCAAAGUAUGCCAGUGCUGCCAAGAGUUACUGCGCCACCCAGUGGAGAACUCUGAAAGAGCGAUUUGACUCAGGCUUGUAUGCCUCUCAUGCUGAUGUUCACAGGCUCAAGUACCAGUGUUUUAAAUCAGCCUGGAUGUAUGAGGUAUUCCACACAGGCUUCUCCUUCCCUACGGACUACAAAAACCUGAGGAAUGCCCUUUUGGUCUAUGAUAAAGAGGUACAAUGGACUCUUGGAGCCAUCCUUUACAGAACGCGCUUUUUGCCUUUGAGGGAUAUUCAGCAGGAGAGCCUGAAAGGAGUCCACUCCCACUGGCGUCACAGCUUCUCCUUUGUCAACAACCACUACUUGUUCCUGGCCUGCUUCCUGGUUGUCCUCCUGUCCAUCCUGCUCUACUUGCUGCGCCUCCGACGUAUCCACAGCUGUACCACGCAGCGCUGCACCCCCUCUACUGUUGAGUGGCUAGAGGAGGGUCUCCGAUCCCACCCACUCCCUAUCACCCUCUAGACUUCACAUCUGUCACUCCAAAAUCAGUCUUCUUUUCUCCAGCUGGAGUCCAUUUGCCUGCGCCUUUAUGUUAAGGCCUUCAUUUGUUAGCUGGAAAUGACAAAGAAGACUAAAACUGAGUUGGAUUUUGAAUGAGUCCAAUGAACAGAGACGUCAGACAGCACUGGGAUGGACUCUGGUGUGGGAGAUCUUGUUAAUUUAUUUUUUAUGAUAUCAAAAUAUCAGCCUUUUUUAUGUUUCUGGAAAUGUGAACGAGGUACGAAGAGCGUAGCUAUCCUUGCCUGGAGUUUGUGAGCUCCCAUCCGUACUUGGUCCAGUUACGCAGGCUUGUUUAAACCUUCCUGUAAGGUUUGAAUGGUAGCUGCCUCACAACUUCCCCUAAUUAGUCAUUCCUAAAACGGCAUAUUGUAAAAUAAUGUCCCUAAACUGCACUCUUUUCCAAUGAAGGGGCACAGCAUUGAAUCAAUGUGACAAGACAAUAGUAGGUUUAUGAGGACGAUGAUGAAACAGUUACUGUUUACAGUACAUACUGUAUUAGCUCAUAUUUAUAGAUUCACUGUUCUUGAGUAGAGUUUCACUUAUCUGUCACAUUAUCCUGAUGCAAUUUUAUUUCAAAGUGUCAUUGUUUGUGUUCUAGCGUCUCUGUUUGCAUUUUGGGUGCAUGAUCAGUGAAUGUUUAUUGGUUGUGGGGAGGAAUGGUGUGUGUGCGCCUCUGUUAACCCUCAAAGUUUACUGCUCUGAAAGUGUAGACGGACACCUGUCAUACUUUGAUUCAUUGCUUCUUUUUUAAUUUAGUUUUUAAAAAUCUUUUAAGAUGCAAGUAACUAUUUACAGCUCUUCAGAAACCACUGUUCUAAAUUGAUGUUUUGAUCUUUUGUAGUAGACUUUUGGUCCUUUCUCACUCCACACCGCCACCCUUGUUGCAGAACAGGUAGUGUUUAUCAAAGCUGCAAUGGUGCAAUAUUUAUUCAUGUUUUAUCACUGUGGAGAGAUGCUCCAGCCACAUCAGCUGAAUUCACAGUGAGGGCUCAGAGCUACAGUAGGGUAAAACUGUUUGCUGUCUCCUCAGCUCAGUGAAGUGACAUGUUGCAGAUAAUAAUUUAAUUUGGGAAUGCCUUCGUAUACUGUCAACUCACUGGGCUUCGUUUUCAGAAGCUGUGAUAUCACUGCUGUAAAGGGGAUAGUUUAUGAAAGCGUAUGUAUAUGUAUGUAUGUGUGUAUAUGUAUAUAUUCCUGUGUGUAUGUGUAUGUGUAUGUAUAUAUAUAUAUAUAUAUAUAUAUAUAUGUACAGAGAUCAAUGUACGGUUUGCACAGGGAAAAAAUGUUAUCAACAAUCCAGUUGUUGAAUAAUAAAAAUAUACAAUCAGACUGUU